CCUCCGCCCCGCCGGUAGAAGGAAACACUGUUUCAAUUUUAGCCGACUUUAGUUUAACAUUCACGCGUAUCUUUUGGACAUGCAACUACUGCUCGUCUCGUGCGAUUACAGUAUAACUAGACUUUUCAGAAACGAAAAAGACCUCCCGACUGUUAUAACGGAUCUACGCACAUCUCCUGUGUCACAGAGACCAAAGAAACAUGACGACAGUUUUUUCUUUCCAGGCUCAGCUCGUCUCCAUCAUGGACGCGUUAUCCAAAACAGCAGUCAUGGAAAUAAGCAAACUGGUAGAGAUAGAAUCAAAGAUGCUGAAAAUAGAAAUAACACGGGGACGAAAUGAAAUAGCCUCGCUCACAGAGAAACUGCAGCUGAUGGAGAAGUUGCUCAAUAUGGCACAGGGGGGCAGGCAGGACGCAUCAGCAUGCUCACUAGGGAAGGACUCCUCAGAGAACGGGGUAUUUUGGACGUCGGACAGGGCAAGACCUUUCCCGAAAAGUGAAACCCAGUGGGAAGGCAGAAGUUCUUCACUUAAAGUGGGCAGUUUGCAUCAAGGUGAAGAGCAUGCUUCAGCUGAACUCCCACACCCACAGAAAGAGCAACCUGAACUGGUGGUGGUUAAGGAGGAGCCAUCGGAGGAAGAAAAUGGAAGCACAGAAGAAAAUAGAACAUGUGAAAUCAGAGGAGAAGCAUUCACAGACACACAGAAGAGUUCAGAUGUAAGGGAGCAUCUCAAACCCACUGCAGAACACCAGCAGCCUCUAUUCACUGAUAGUUAUGUGACCCUGAGCACCCAGCAGUGUCUUGCUGAACCAGGGACUGGGGAACUGCAUUGGAUUCCACAUGUAACACCUGCACACACAAACCUAGAGGAUGGGAAACGUAUGGCUCAAAAUGUUGCCUCCCAAAGCAUAAAUGUACUAAGGAAUGUGAAGCUUCAUAAUUUGAGGAACUCAGCUGCAAAGAGGUUUGGCUGCUUACAGUGUGGCAAGAGUUUUAGAUGCUUCAGCCAGCUUGAAAUACAUCAGAGGAGCCACACAGGAGAGAAGCCUUUCAGGUGCACACUGUGUGGAAAGCGAUAUGCCCAAAAAGGGCACCUGUACACACACCAGCGCACACACACUGGGGAGAAGCCAUAUCGUUGUCCUAUUUGUGGAAAGGGCUUUAUUCAAAAAUGCACCCUUGAUAUGCAUCAGCGCACACACACUGGAGAAAAACCUUUUGUUUGUAUCAAAUGUGGCAAAGGUUUUACAAAGAACUGUAAUCUGAAAAAACACCUUGCAGUACAUGUAGAUCCUAGUUUGAAUGUCUACAGUAGUGAAUCAGCUAUACCAGCAUUUAGUGGAACAUUCAUAAAUGGCACCUCUUUUUCCCAUAACCCCUUGCGACACAGCUGUGGCACAUAUUUGAUUAAAGGAGCAACGUUGCUACGGUGGGAAUUGUAUCGAAAUUACGAAAUAUUGGACCUAUCUAGCAAUAUGAUGUGCGACACCGCAAACCGGAGUUUUCGUACGCAGCUGGCCGUGAUCCUGGACAAACUAACGAAGGCGGCUUUGGUUGAGAUCGGAAACCUUGCUGAUGAAUGCUCCUCCGUCCUUCACACCGAAAUAUCCCUUCACAAAACUGAGAAUGAGGCGCUGAAGAAGAGGUGUUACUCUUUGGAGGUCCAGCUAAGAGCAGCGAGGGAGGCUCAGACGUAUCCUGCACAUGUCAACAGCGGCAUCGGCCGCAGACAACCAGCAGACCAGCACCACUCUUCUCCAGCUAUUGAUGGGGUGUUUGGAAAAGACUGGUGCAUGGACCUAUGGAGAGAAGAGAAGCUGCCCACUCAAAGACAGCCACCAGAGACUGCUGUUAUGACAAAUAUAGGAGCACAGGCAAUCGAUAUAAUGGGAAGAGAACCUGAUCUCAUCUUUGUCAAGGAGGAGAUAUAUGACGAUCAUCCCAUUGGUCAACAGAUGAGUCAUAAUGAUGACAGGAAAAUUGUUGGGAUGUUUGAAGAUGGCAGUAUGCUUCAUAGAUCUGUUAAUGAACUGCAGCUUCACUCAGAAGAACUAAACAACUUCCCCAUGACAUCAGAAAGUCAAAUGCAACAACGCACACAGCCAACAAUUAUGGACAAGCUAAUAGACGAUGCAACGAUGAGCACUCUUGUUGAAAACACAAAUCCUCCUUCAGCCAUCGUGGAACACCCUGACUACAUGAACAGCAUCCCCACGAACCCAACCAAAGAACUCAACAUUCAGCCAAAAGCUGUGAAGCCAACAAAACGGUUUGAGUGUUUAUUUUGUGGAAAGAUAUUUAACUAUUUGAGCAGUUUAAAAGUCCACAUUAGGAGACACUCUGGUGAAAAGCCUUUCAGCUGCUCUGUAUGUGGGAAGCGUUUUGCACAAAAGACGUACCUGAAGUUGCACCAGCGAGUGCACUCGGGGGAAAAGCCUUACAGUUGUUCGGACUGUGGCAAAAGUUUUUCUCAGAAAAGCUCUCUGAACAUACAUCUUCGAACACACACUGGUGAAAAACCUUACAGCUGUAUGGAUUGUGGUAAAUGUUAUGCAUAUAAGUACGGUUUAAACCACCAUCAGUGUUUCAACUGGAUGGUCAAACCAGAAGCAUUUGAAAGUGAGCGCAACACUGCUCAGAGUGGGUCAGCUUGUGCCAGUAUGUCUAUAUAAACCUCAAACAUGGAUGAAAAGUAUUGUUUCAGGUUCCCAAUAUUUAACAAAUGUCAAUUGCAUUGUGUAUAUAUAUAUAUAUAUUGUUGCCAGUGCUCCAGUUUUAUCAGGUUUUUUUUAGCUCUGUUGCAGACAGAUGUUGCUGCAGUAGUGAACAUGUGUCCUUUUAAAUAGAUUAUUUGCUUAUAUGGGAUUAGGUUUAGUUGAUUUGGGUUGCCUUGCUAUUUUUUAAUGCCCUCAGCAGGCAAGCGACAUAAAUCCUAAUCAGCUCGACUUAGUUCUAUUGUCAUUCUUCCAUGUACAUUACAUACAGAGGAACAUAAUAUAAUUUCUUUACAAUUUUGUAAUGCUGUGUUUUAUAAUGUUCUCAUCACACCUGCAACUGGAAGCAGGGGUCUUUGUGGAAUAACAGUUUUUAUUUGAUCUGAUGUCUAUUUAUAAUUUGUGUGCGGGAUGCUAUUGAGUGUGACGUGGCUUUAGGGCGUAAGUUGUUGUGAAAUUGAAGUGUUGGGUAGAACCAGGUUGACCUGCUGCAGAACAUUGAAAUGUAGGUCCUGAUGUUGUGAAACCUCUUGUCUGAUGGUAGGAGUUCAAACAUUAUAUAAAAGGAAUGAGAAAAGUCUUUGACAAUGCCAGAAGGUUUGUGUGUGCAGCAUGCUUGGAAGAUGAGAAUUGAGGGGACAAAGAGACCCCUAUGAUUCUCUCAGCUGCCCCCACCAUGCAUAGCAGCAUAGUUUAUUCCAGUGUAGUACAACUCCCAAACCACGGUGAUGCAGCUUGCUAGGACACUCUCCACAGUUUCCCUGUAAAAGUUGGUGGGAAUGAGUGGUGUAAAGCUGGCUCUGCUUGGUCUCUGCAGGAAGUAAAAAUGUUGUGCCUUCUGAAUUAAGUUGAUGUUAAUGGACCAGAUAAGGUAGUCAGAAACUUGCACACUAGAAAACAUGAUGAUUCUGAGACUACCUCAGAACCACUAAUGAUCAAAGAAGUGUGGUCUCUAGAAGACCACAACUGUUUCUUGUUUACAUUACAUACAGAUUGUUUUUGUGGCACCGGCUCACCAGUUGCACCACCACCUCUGCAUGGUGUUUAGUUUUUGUUGCUGAUGAGGCCCAUUACCAUCAUGUCCUCACUGAGCUUGACAAUGAGGUUGGAUUCUGACUUGGUCAUGCAGUCAUUGAAGCACAGUGUGAUGGUCACCCAUGUUCUGCUGAUGCUCACAGACUCUUGUCUUUCAGUCAGGAGGUCAAAAAUCCAGUUGCAAAUUAGGGCGUUUAGGCCCAGCAGAGUUUCCUCACCAACUAGUAGAGAGAUUUAACUAUGUUAAAUGCUGGGCUGAGGUAAGUGAAAAUAAUUCUAAUAUGUCUAAGUGUAAUAGAGGAGAGUGCAGGGUAUAUAGGAGGUGGCAUCAUCAGUGGAGUGCUUGUGGCAGUAUGCAAAUGGCAGGAGGUCUGGUGAGGAGGGGAGAAUGGAGUGAAUGUGUCUCUUGGCUAGAUACUUCAAGCACUUCACCGUGAUGGGGGUCACUGCUAUUGGGCUGUAAUAAUUGAGACAUGUCACUGUUGACUUUAUUACUAGGAUGUGGGUGAUCUCUUUGAAGCUCGUGGGAACUACAGCCUGGCUCAGGGAGAUUUUAAAAACGUCUCAGAGAACAUGUCCCAGCUGGUCCUGAGGGCUCUCCCUGGAAUUCUGUCUGGGUCUGGAGCUUUCCAUUGGUUGACUCUCGAUGGUGUCCUUAUGUUUUCUGAUGCCAGGUGGAGAGGCUGCUCCUCAGAAGAAGGUGCAGUUAAAGUAUGAGGAAAAGCAAAAACCUAAUCUUCAUUACAUCAGUCCUUGUGUAUAACCAGUACCUCAUAUCUCAGGCCACAGAAGGCCUGGCCCAGAAAAUUCUAAAACAAUAACUUUGGGCAGGUGCUCUGUGGUUUUCACACUUGUAGGAUAAACUUUUUAAAACUACCUCUUUGCAAAAAAACACAAGAAAAACAAGUUUGCUUCAUUGCCCAAAUGUCACCACUUUGUAUUCUCAUAUGCCAUACCUCAUUUCUGGGCAUAAAACUAACCAUGGAUGCCUUGAAGAACGGAAAUGUUUUAAAGAUGUUCAAAACAUUUAUUUUAUUCUAAAUGGUGUUACUGCUUAAACAGAUUUCAUGGUGGCAUUAUACUUGUAUAAAAUAACAUUUGUUUUGCCUUGCACUGUAUUUAUACCCAAACAGAGAUUAUCUGUACAAACUAAAAGAUCUGCCUGUGAUGAUUCCCUUGGAAAGACUAGCUGCGUGGAUUAUCUUCAUCUUCAAACUGCAGGUUUCUAUUGUGGAUAUUUCUCUGCUUUCGUCAUCUUCCCUGUCAGAUGUACUUUGUUUACUGUUCAAAAUAAAUAUGUAAAGGUUU